AUGAGUGGCAGUAAUUACCUGCUGUACCAAGGGUCUGGCCGGGGGGACCGGUCAGAUUCCUACCAUGACCGAAGGUAUGAUGGUUCUCCACGACAUUAUAGAGACCGCGGCGGGCACCGAGGACGUGGAUACGAUAACUACAGAGGAGGCUAUAGGGGCCGUGAUUAUGGAUCCUACCGUGACUCAAGAGACAGAGAUCCAAGAGACAGAGAUCCAAGAGACAGAGAUCCAAGAGACAGAGAUCCAAGAGACAGAGAUCCAAGAGAGAGAGAUGCAAGAGAAAGAGAUCUAAGACAUAAAGGCGAAUCAAGAGAAAGAGAUCCCAGAGAUCGUGUACGGGACAGAGAAUACAGAGAAGAUUAUCGUAGAGAAGAUGACGAGCUACGGUCAAUGCCAGAUAAAAGAGACAGACCCGAUAGACCUGACAGGCCUGAUAAACAUGACAGACACGAGCGAAGACCUCCCAGAGGCGGAUACAGAGGCAAUCGAGGAGAUAGAGAAGGAUUCCGAGCUGGAGGAAAUGAUAGCCCAGAACACAACCUGGUUUCUGGAGGAGCAACCCCUAAAGAUCGAGGUUCCAUCUCCAGUUCCAAAUUCUCUGACCCUUGGAUUACCAUUCUUCGUAUUGGAGAGGGAAAAACAGCAGCUCGUAUGGAUGCAGCCUACAAGGAACUUUCUAAUGUGAACAAAACCAUCUCAGAACUUCAGGCAGAUGCAAUGAAGCUCACGAGUCUGUUGGAAAUGUUAGAGGUGUAUGCUUCGCGAGACGCACUCAAUGUCGAGAUCAGCAAAGAGAAGCUCGAUGAGUUUACCUACUUGUAG